UCAGCGCAGGUGCCUGAACCAAAAGGCCGGCCACCCUUAACCCCGUGUUCAUGGAGCAAGGGGAAACGUCGGAUCCACCGCUGAACAUGUUUAUCCGAAACUAAAAUCUUCCGUAAAAUGACAGGAAUCAUGUGGAGACUACAAGGACUGGUGGGAAGAGUAUUCAACAGGUGCCAUGGCAACCCCCACCUGCGACUAUCCCAGAACCACCAGGAUGAAGUCAUCAACAGCUCCACUGUUCUCUCCACCUCUCAGCACUCUUUUGACAGCAGUUCUCAGAAAGGGGAAGAUGGGGAGAGGAGGAAGAAGCAGAGGACCUCUCAGUACUGCUACUCCCGGCUCCCACGUUACACAGCCUUGGAUGCUGUUGGAUGGGGUGCAGCAGCAGUUCUGUUCAUGCAAAUCUGCAGAAGGAUCCACUCCCAGUUCUCUUCAGCUGGUGAGCCCAGUUCUAGCCAAUCUCCUGGACACCUUGCAACAUCUUCUGUUCUACAAAAGUGUGGCUACCGCACCCUGCUGGAAAUCUUAUCUAGGCGUGAUGUUCUGCCCAGAGGUAGGACCGUGGUCUGUCUACAGGGAGUACCAGAACAACAGACGCAAGCUCAAUCCCAUGAUGUAAACAACAGCAGCAGCAGCAGCAGCAACAGCAACAGCGACAGUGGUCAUCAACACAGCUCUGAGACAGACAACCUCACAGCUGACAGUUCCUUCUCUAACCACCAGGGAUCAGAUCCAAGCCAAGAUUCUCCAUUACCAGAAGAGACAUUGAUCUCAGCAUCAAGGCCUCCUGACCCCAAACAUGCAGACACAGACUGCAGACAGACAACUGGAGAUGACAACAAGGAUAUCAUGUCUGAUGAGGAUAGGCUGACAGCAGCAGCACUAAACCUGAGACAUGUGGCCGACUCUAGUGUACCUGUUAUUCUCAACAUCAUUGGUCUGGAGAGUGUUCAGAGGGACAACUACAAGGCAGCUUUUACCUGUUUUCUAGCCGCAGCCGAGUGCGGUUACAGCAAGGCCCAGUUUAACACUGGUGUCUGCUACGAGAGGGGCAGAGGAGUAGGAAAGGACAAGGACAAGGCUCUGUAUUAUUACUCGCAGGCAGCAAUUGCGGGUCACAGGCAAGCUCAGUACCGGUAUGCUAAGCUGCUGUUUACCAGCAGGGGGAGAAAAAACACAGAGGAACUGGACACCGCUAUCAAACUGUUGGAACAGGCGGCUGCAGCAGGGCUCACUGAGGCUCAGGUCUACCUUGGCUCCGUCUUCACUCAGGAGCCAGUGAGAGAUGAGCACAAGUCCAUUCAUUACCUGAGGAUGGCAGCAGAGAGUGGAGAUGGCACCGCAUUACUGUUCCUGGGUCAGUGUUAUGAGAGCGGGUUUGGGGUGCAGCAGAACCAGAAGACUGCGAUAGAAUUCUAUGAACGAGCAGCCAAGGCAGGCAACAUCAAGGCCAAGAGUUUACUGAUACUACGUAUUGGAGCAGAGGAUGCUGUGUUGCGCUCCAUCCGCUCAUCCCCAUGUUUCUCUGUAUCUGAUCACCUCUGUCAGUCACUCUCCACCCUAGGCCAUCCAUCCUCUACCCCUUCCAGCCAUUCUGUUACGCUGCCUGUGAUCCCCCACUCCUGGAGCACUGGGAACCUGGCUUCCCCUCCGCGACUGUCUUCAAUGCCCUUUCACCCCCAAGCAAUUAACCCUGUGGGAGGAACCUGCCGGUGGACUCUUGGUAUAGGUUAGUUAGGGCAGGCCACCCUGCAGAAUGUAUUUUCAAUUGCAUGGGUAUACUUUUAACUAAAAGGGCGAGUGGAAAAAGGCAAGUUGUGUAUAUUUUUUUAAGAAUGGAAAGAUGUAUAAUUGUUUUGUAAUGGGUUUAAAUGUGUGGAAAUGUCUUGAUGUGUAAGAGAAUUUUUUAUGAAAGUUAUGGAGUACCGUUGCGAGGUAAUAAAUAAUGGUUAGCUUUUCUUAUGUUUUUCAUGUAAACCGUGUUCUCUUUUUCCAGCUCUCCUUUAGUAGAAGCUGUUCCAUGGGUAAGGAACUAGCAUCUUGGUGCCUUUUGAGUGGAGUUAUUAUUGGUUAGAAGCUCUGGAUACUUGAUGCUCACAGUGCUGAUAUGGGAAAAACUUUUUGUUUGUUUUUUUAUAAUUUCUGACUGCUUAUGUAGACAAGUCUGCAUUUUUUCCAUGUUCUAUAGGUAACGUUAUAUAAUGUCUCAAAGGGUCGAUAUCACAAGCCUUGGUCAUUUUGUUGAAGAAAAAUAUCUAAAUAACUCAAAAGCCUUUUGAGUAACAGUUUUAAGUUAAGGCUAUUUUGUCUUUAUGUAUGCUCAGUAAACCAAGUAAGAAAAAUCACACAGCUGAAUGUGUUCAUCUGGACACAUUUAUUGAGAGAGAAAGGUUUCAUCACUUAUCUAAGUGACCUCUUCGGUCUCAACUGACUGCAGGUCAGGAGGUAGGACGUAGGAGGAACGCUGGUUUGAACAGGGAGUCAAAAGAGGCCAUCUAUGUGAAGAGGGAACGACCAUCCCCGAACCGAGGGAGGGGGGGCUAAGAGUACAUCUGUCACCAUCUUACAAUACUGUGAUUGCAAACAUUCCCAAAUCCUCUGAAUAGUACACAUGGCCAUUGUAACUCUAGUUAAUGGUCAUGGCAAUUUGCGUAUGAAACCGAUCGUUGUUUUCAAUCGUUUUGUCACUGUAUUGUUGAUAAGGGUGGGGGUACCUGCAGUCAGUUGAGACCGAAGAAGUCACUUAGAUGAGUGGUGAAACGUUUCUCUCAAUAAACGUUGUGUCCAGAUGAACGGAUUCAACUUUCUGUGAUUAAGGCCAUUUUGCAAUCCCUAGUCAUUGUGAUAAUGUGAUGACAUCCUGCAGAGGAAAUGCACAAUGUUGCUAAACGCACAAUGUACAACUAAUAAACAUUACUGUAUGGC